AUGGAUCGGAAGAACGCUCUUGUUCUAGUGUUCAUCGGCAUCAUUGUCGCUUCAGUUGGAGGUCAAGCUCCGGCCGCGUCUCCGACAAAAACUCCAUUGCCUACUGUCACCGCUCCUGCUGCUUCACCUUCUAAUGCUGACGCACCGAAAGCACCGACAUCAGCACCUACCACAGCUCCGGCAAAGAGCCCUGAUACAGCUCCUCCCACCGCCGCUGUUCCUGCUCCUGCGUUAUCGGCUCCUCCUGCUAAGACACCGGUGACCUCGCCUCCGGCUGCAGAGCCGGUGAGUUCUCCAACCACAUCGGUUCAAUCUCCACCUGUUCCUGAACCGGUUAGUUCACCGAUCUCAUCCCCUCUGGCUCCAGCACCUAGCAAGAACAGAACUAAAGAAAAGAAGCAAAAUGCACCAGCACCGGCACCAGGAGCAGCUGCUCCUAGCGAAGCUCCUGUAACGAGCACCGAUUCUCCUUCUCCCGGUCCGUCUGCUGCCGUCGCAGACGAGAGUGGAGCAGAGAAAUUGAAGAUCGCACAAAUGGUGGUCGGCGGCUUGAUAUUGGGAUUGGCUGGCUUCAGCUGGCUCUAGAGCGGCUGGCUUGAGACUUGUUUUUCCCAUUUCAAAUUUUAUUUAUUUUUACCAUAUGAUAUUAUAUUUCCUUUUUUGUUUUAAUUUGG